AUGAUAAAUUUUUAUUUGUCAAGCACGGCUUUAUCAAGUUCAUUAAUUAAUUGUUUAUAUCUAUUUUAUCUUAUUCAAACUUUUCGUUCUAAAGUUCUUUCAGAAAUCAAUUGUCGAGCAAUCUAUUAUUUACACACAUCGUGUAUAGUUAUACUCGCUUACACGAUAGUUGCAAUUCAUGCAAAUUUUAUUUUAUGUUUAUUUCCAUCGUCAUCAUCCGAUCAAAAUCAUUCAACUCGUACAUGUUUAAAAACAUGUGGUAUUUGUUUACGAAAAUUUCUACGGCGAUUUAGUUUUUGUUUUGUUAUAUGUGUAUGGUCAUUUUCAUUUACAUCUACAAUACCAUUGCUUUAUUCAAUUGAUUCAAAUGAAAAAUUACCUAAAGCAGUUUAUUGUCCUGGUACAACACAAAUAAAUUAUCUUGAAGAAUGGUUUGAUCGUAAUCGUGUUAUACAAACUAUUUUAUUUAAUUUAAUACCAUUAUUAAUAAGUUUAUUAUUAUCAUUAAUUGGUUUAUUGAAAUUAUUAUAUGAUUGUUCUACUUAUUUAUAUUUACGUUUAAAAAUGUCGAAUUGUUCGUCAUGUCUAAAAAAAUCUUCUUCUUCUUAUCAACAACGACAUCAAGCAGUAUAUAAUUCAAUGCCAUUGUUAUCAUCACUUCAUGUUAUAGAUGGUAAUAAUAUACAAUCUGGUAUUAAUUUAGUACAAAUCAUAGAAACAACAACAGCAACAACAACACCAACUAAUGAAGUAAUUGUAUCAUCAGAUUUAGCAAUACAAUCCUGUGGACAUUGGUUAUCAAAAUCAUUUCUUCGAUUUUUACUUGUAUUAUCAUCAUGUUUAUUAGCAUGUAUUUAUCCAAUCGCUAUGCGUUUUUAUCUUAUCUAUUUUUCUGUACUUGUUCCCUUGAUAUUUGCUGUAUUGAAUUAUUCUUUGGGACAUUUUACAUUAACACAACAACAACAACAACAACAACAACAACAAACAAUUGUUGAAAAUCAUACUAUAUCCGGAACAAUUCCAUCACCAACAAGAUCUACUGAUACACAAAAUUUCGUUAAUAUGAAUAUUAGUAAAGAAUUUCAAAAAAGAACAUCUAUAAAACGUGAAAUAGAUAAUACUUCAAAUGAACAAUUUGAAUUACAAUCACCAGUAAUAAAAGAUUUAUUAAAUGAACGAGAUGAAUCAUUUCUUACAAUAUCAAAUUCAUCAACAACAUUAUCAACUGAUCAUCGAUCAAUAAUAGGAGAUAAACAAAAAUAUUUUUCUAAUCGUUUAUAUGAAAAUACUCGAAAUAUGUUUCUAAAAGAAAAUAAUUAA